UGACCAUGGCGCCGCCCCCCUCCCCUUGCUCCCGCGCGCCACUUCGUCCUCUCUCUUUAUAUAUAUGCGCCUUUGAGACAACAGGUGCCAAUUAUGCAUCGGCAGCUCCAAAUCGGCCAUCGCAGUCGCUGGCCGUUUCCAGGCAGCACGAGCCAAGCCACGAGAGACGGACAAUUGGAUGCACCACAUGCGCUUGACGCCUUGAGAAACCGCCGUCCAUUGAUCCGGUCCAUUUUCAUUGCGCGCCUAGCAGCAAGGUUUGUUGAUUGGUUCAUGGUGGGACGAGCGAUGGCCAGGGCCAGGGCGGUGACCGGCGGCAGCGAGGAGAUGGCGGCGGCGGUGGCGAGCGCGGUGAGCUGCCUCGGCACGGGGGUCGACAUGGCGGGCGACCUGCGGCUGAAGCACUGCAAGGCUGCGGAAGGAUGCCUCGUCGCCAGGAGCGGCGGAAAGGCGGCGGCGGUCCCCGUGCCGGGGAUCGGCGCGGUGACCGACGUGCCGGCGGACGUCAUGUGCGGCAAGGGCAACCGGGUCAGGAUCAGGUCCGACGUCCUCGAGUUCAACAAGAUGACGGAGCUGUUCAACGGCCGGAGCUCGGUGGCGGGGAAGAUCCCGUCGGGGCUUUUCAACGCGUGCUUCGGCCUGGACGGCGGCUCCUGGGCGCAGGACGCCUCCAGCACCAAGUGCCUGGCGCUCGACGGCUACUUCAUCUCCCUCCUCGACCUCCGCCUCGACUGCCGGCCGCUCGCGCUCGCCGACCGCGUCGUCGCCGACGUGCCCGCCACCUGGGACCCGUCAGCCAUAGCAAGUUUCAUCCAGAAGUACGGGACGCAUAUCGUCGUCGGGGUGAGCAUGGGCGGCCAGGAUGUGGUCUACGUGAAGCAGGACAAGUCGUCGCUGCUACCGGAGUCCGAGAUCAAGGAGCACCUAGAGAAGCUAGGCGACCAGCUCUUCACCGGGACAUGUCCCAUGCCUCCUUCACACUGCAAGUCCAGAGAUAACAAGACCAAGGUCCCUGAGGCCUUCAACGUGUUUGAUGCCCAGUUAACACAGCCUAGGGUCGAAGGAAUGACUAGUCAAGUCGCAUGCAAAGAGCUGAUGCAGGGUGUGACGGUGAUACACUCCAAGAGGGGAGGGGACACGGCGGCGAGGAGCCACGCCGAGUGGCUGCUCACGGUGCCGGCAAAGCCGGAUGCGAUCGGCUUCAAGCUUGUGCCACUGACAUCCCUUCUCAAGGGAGUGUCGGGCCUGGGCUUCCUCUCUCAUGCCAUAAACCUCUACCUGAGAUACAAACCUCCAGUAGAAGAUUUGAGGUACUUCCUUGACUUCCAGCACCACAGGUCGUGGGCCCCUGUGCUCAGUGACCUACCACUCGCUCUAUGUUCGAACCGUCAGGGCGCGAGCCAAGCCUUGCACUUCAGCCUUGUGGGAUCAAAGCUCCAUGUCAACUCAAACCAGGUUAUCAUUCCAAACUUGCCGGUCACCGGGAUGAGACUGCAUCUAGAGGGCAAGAAGAACAACAGGCUAGGCCUCCACCUGCAGCAUCUAGCGAACACCCCAACAUUCAUCAAGGGACGUCGAGACAAGCCGCCGAUAUGGCGCGGGUCGGAGACGGUCUCCGACGAGCGGUACCACGAGCCGGUGCAGCGGAGGAUGUUCGCCCACGUCUGCACCGCGCCGGUGAAGUACGACCCCAACUGGUGCAGCGCGCACCGGCGGACCGCGUACAUCGUGUCCGGCGUGCAGCUGCACGUCAGGGCCCACGACUCGACCACCGUGCUGCACCUCAGGCUCCUGUACACCGAGCUGGCAGGGUACGCCGUGGUGCAGUCCAAAUGGGCGCACAACACGGGGAGGCUUUCGGGUAAAGGGGGCUUCCUGUCGAAGUCGUUAGGGGUGGCGGCGUCUUCGGGCGCCGCUGAGAGAGACCGGCAGGAACCGGCGAGAGUCAACGUCGACUCGGGCGUGUUCGCCGGAGGGCCGCCGGUGCCCGUCGGCGACCAGAAGCUGCUCAAGUUUGUUGACACGUCUCAGGUUACCAUGGGGCCGCAGGACUCCCCUGGACACUGGCUGGUCACAGGUGCAAAGCUUGAUGCCGAGAAGGGGAAGAUCUCACUCCAUGUCAAGUUCUCACUGCUGGCUCCAGUUUCUUGACAAGCUGCUCCAAGAACUGUACAGUAUCAGACUUGCUAUAUCUUUGCCAUACAUUCUUUCAGAAAUUUGUACAGGGAAUCAGACCCAGGGAAAUCCAACGGGCAACAUUUCUGUUUCUGAUUGUCAGUCUGAAAUGUAAAUCAACGACGAGUAUUGUAAUGGAAUUUCCAACCAAAA